CUAGUUGAUCUCUAAUCCCCAAUCUCUCGAUAGAGCUUAAUCCGGAGCUCUAUCAUAGUCAUUGUAGAAACUCCAUGCACUCAGUUCUAAACUCGUCAACGAGCUGAACUCCGGAGUCGCUAGACCUCAGAACCUCCAUAUCGCCAGACUGAGAAUCUCGAGGAACUUUUUCUAGAGAUAGCCGAUGAUGGGGCCCGUGCUUCUGAAGAAAUAUGCUCCGUAUACGCAAGCAAAGACAGACAAAUCCUGAAGGCCCAUGCGACGACGUCGUAGUGUCGCAUUCUCGAGGUUGAGCACCGGCAGCGAACUCAUGCCCUUGAUGUCGAAGCUGAUGGUGUUCGGACGGCGGAAGAAGGUUGUCUGCGUGUUGAAUGUAACCCGGCUGGUCGAUGCAGUGGAAAUUGAUGGUAGGGUUGUCUUUCCACAAGUUCCGCAAUCCCUUGCGCUGGACGCUGGUCUGGACAAGGGACAUGGGGUCGAGGAAGGAGAGAAAGUGGAGGAGAAGGUGAUGGCAAUUUGAACCCGCCCCGCGAGUAUUACCCUACCUGACCCGCGAUGGGGCGCGGAUUACCCAUUUUUAAUAACUAAUUCUAUCUCAAUUUCCUACAAUAUCAAUACAUAUUACUCAACUACUUAGAGUCGAUCUUUCAACUUGUUAGACUUAAUUACCCAUACUAUUAUCACUACUUUUCAUUCAUAAAGUGUUUUAUCAUUUGUUUUAUCGUAAAAAGUAAAAUUUGCGUGUAUUUUCCAAAUAACAUGUAAGAGUGAGUCGACCCACCCCGUACCUGCACAGAUUUUACCCGCCCCUACCCGUAGUAACGUGGAGCGGUACAUGGGUAUUGAGGUAUCCACCCUGCCCCGCCCCAUUGCCAUCACUAAGGAGAACGUGAUCAUGGUGACUCGUUUUAUGGUUCUUCGAUUCCCUCUCUUCCGCCAUCAUACCUCCUUUUCUUAAUUAAACCUGGAAAAUGCCAAUCACAUGGACGGUUAUCUGAAGGGAUGGAAUCUACAAUAUAUAGAUAGCUGGAUAUUUUUUCUACACCCCAUUCAAAUUUUCCUGCAGCGAGAGUGAAAGUAGGAAGGGUAUUUUUGUCUUCACAGUGAUCUAUUUGUUUCUCAUUUAUUCCUUAAAAAAGAAACGGAUACUAGGAUUUGAACCGUGGUCAUUUUCAACAAUAACAAGAAUCUUAACCAAUCAAGCUACAUAUAUUAGUUGUACGAUUUUAAAUAAAAAAACAUACAUGAAGCUAACAUUAAAAAAUAACAGAACUUUUCAACGGUUAGCUAAGGUCACUAAAUCUUCGCUCGGUACUUAUUGAUGUUUUUAUACUUUGAUUUUCAUAUUUUAUUCUUUUAAUAAUACUUGAUACUUAAUUGAAAUUUCUAUUUAUGUUAUAAUUUUCUAUCUAUCUUAUAAGGUCACUAAAAUUUUAUUUAUUAUUGCUUCAAUAUUAUAAAUCAAAUUGCAAUAUCGAAUUUGUAGAAGCGAUGUUGAACUCUUACAUUAUUAUUACUUUAUAAAACUACCGUGAGACUAUCAUAUCCAUAUCUUUCUGCAAAUAAUAUGGGGAUGGGUUCUUUGGACGUUUUAGCUACGCUAACCGUUAACUUCUAAACAUCUUUCUAAUCUGACAGAUAUGAUUGGAUUCAACAAUCAUUAAACGAGGUUGAGUUUAAUAAGUUGGUUUAUUUCCUCUUUUUUUAUGUAUUAAAAUGAAUUGUAGAGCAAGGACAUGUCUUUAUAUACACUCUACACAAUAUAUACUACUGGCAUGAUAAAAUUGUCGUUGCAUUUCAAAUUUCCUACAACGAGAGCAAUAGUAUGAAUGAUAAUUUUGUCUUCGCCAUUCUUUAUCUUUAUUUUGUAUAGAAAAUAGACAAGUAUUAGGAUUUGAACUAAUGUAUCUUUAAACACAGACAACAAGAGUCAUGACCAUGAUUGUCAAAUCGAGUAUGACUCUGCUGGUCAAACCAAUUCUACCUAAACAUUAGUAUCUCAGCCGGUGCCAAAGGCCUAGUUGGUUGUCUACUCGGGCUCGGUCAAAGUCGAGUUUAUCUAUAUCUCAACGGGAAAUCCGACCGAGUUAACCAACUCAUUCGAGCACCGGGCCACUUCAAACUGAUUUUAUUUUCAACAAUUUAUAUAUGUAGCUAUGCUGUCAUAUCGUCCUUUUACUUAUCACAGAACCCCACAAUAUGAAGCAUCACAAACCAGGUUCGACUAUCCCAUUGUCUCUUCUUCUUGCUUUAGAUUCGAGAGCCUACAAUACAAGACCAAACCAUCUCAAAAAGCCAUCAUAAUCCCGCAAUAGUAAAUUUACUUUUUCUCCAUGUGCAUAGUCAUAGAGCCGGUCGACCUCAUCUCAUACAAAUAAGAAGCAAAAAUUAUCAGAGAAACAUGGAUUUGAGUUAAAACUUUGUGUGACUAACAGACGCCAAAUUCCUCAUUUUAAUUAUUGCUUAAUACUUAAUUAAAUUCCUAUAUAUAUAUAUAUCUUAUAAAUAGAGGAAAACUUU